CAAUCGAAGAACUAAGUAUUAUUUACUCCUUAAUCCUCAUAUACAAUAUAUAUACUAGAUCACUAGAUGUUAAACAUAUAACAUAUUCUGUUAAUCUUCAGAAUGCAGCUACUAGAGUCUAUAACAAUUUUAUUCAUAAUCUCGGGCUGCAUUUUCUAUGGGAAUGUAGAGGGACAUCAAGCAACAUUCUAUAUACACAAUAAAUGUCCAUUUCCAAUAUGGCCAGCAACAGCACCAAACACUGGUCAACCAAUUAUAGCAAAUGGUGGAUUCUACCUUCCUUCAAGCCAAACUAAGAAAAUUAUAGCACCAUGGUCAUGGAGUGGUAGAAUUUGGGCUAGAACAGGUUGCAAUUUUGCUUCAAAUAAUUGGAAACCAUCUUGUGAAACAGGAGAUUGUGAUGGAAAAUUAGCUUGCAAUGGAGCUAUAGGAACUCCUCCAGCUACAUUAGUUGAAAUCACACUUCAAGGUGAUAAAGGAAAACCAAAUUUCUAUGAUGUUAGUCUCGUUGAUGGUUACAAUAUUCCGGUUUCGGUUGUGGUCCCUAACAAGAACAUAAAUUCAAAGUGUAACAUUCAAGGUUGUUUGAAGGAUGUUAAAAAUUUGUGUCCUCAUGAGCUUGAGGUUUUGAAUUCUAAUGGAGAAGUUGUGGCAUGUAAAAGUGCUUGUUUGGCUUUUGAUCUUGAUAAUUUUUGUUGUAGGAAUGGUUAUGGAAGUCCUGAGAAGUGUAAGUCAAAUGUUUAUUCUAAAAUAUUUAAGGAUGCUUGUCCUAAUUAUUUUAGCUAUGCUUUUGAUACUCCUACUCCACUUGUGAGUUGUGGAUCCUUAGAAUAUAUAAUCACAUUUUGUCCUUAUGGAUGGGGUGGUGCUGCUAAUAUGCUAACAACUGAAAUUGAAGAUGUAUUUGAUGUCUGAGAUGUGUUAGUCUGACAUGUGUUAGCGUUUGAUACAACAUUGUCAUAUAAUUAUAUUUAAUUUUUUUUUAAAUAAAAUUAUUACUAGUAUUGACAUGUCUUCAUAGGUGUUUACCACAUUUGUUAUUUAUUGUCUUGACACAUUGAUAUAUAGUAGAAGUUUGACACUAUAUGUUAAGCUA